UGUCUUUCCACACGUAGGCAUAGGCCUUCACGGAUAUGUUAUUGUAAUAUACAACACCACUCCCAUUGGGUUUGUGAUUACACUUUUACAUUCCACUGCACUGGAAAGUAACAAAAGGGAACUCGGGGUUAACUUACGCUUUUCUGAGAGGAGAUUCUGUCGUUCGGUUUGCAGACGUUCUGAGACGUAGAGAUUGGACGCAACACGGGACACCAUGGGAGAGGGAACUGCUGCUAAGAUCCUAUGCUGCAUUAUGACUGUUGGGCUUUCCAUCGCAGCACUCACUACGUUACUCGUAGUUACGGCCUAUGACGGCGUGGAGUUCUAUGAGUAUGGAUUCAUCAGACGGAAGUCAACCAGUGAGGUCUUUACGGAGAUUGUUUUCCAAUCUGGGUUCGAUUACAUUGGGUUAGACUACGAGUUCAAAAUCUUCAAGGCUGAUGCUCACAUUGUGGAUCUCGAUGGAGUCGCCGUGUUCACUAGAGACAGGCUCGAGGUGCAACUUGACUGUACGAUGCAAUAUUUCCUCCGGCCGGAGGAAUUGGCAUACCUUCAUGACACAUACGAUCUCCUAUACAAUGAUACCAUACGGUAUAGUGCCAUAGACGCCCUCAAGGGUGUAACGGGUGAUUUCACAACCAGGGAGUUUGGGGUGAAGCGGGCAAUGGUGGAAGAGACGCUGUUUCGGGCCGUCAGGAAGAGGCUGGGUGGGACAUGCUGCAAGUUGGGAUGUGUCAACCUGCCCAAAGGAUGUGAACCAGGGUGCAAACCGCGAGAGGACUGCACACAGGAAGACCUAGGUUUCUACGUGGAUGUCCGAUAUUUCCAGCUCCGCUUUGUAAAAAUUCCGGACAUUGUACUUGAUCGCAAUAUCCAGACGCUCACACAGCUUGAAGAUGGCGUGAAGGAGACCUAUAUACAACAGGCUGCACUUGUAAGGAAACUUACAGAGGAAAGGGUCUAUAUGGUUCAAAACUCCGCUGAGGAAAUCACCCAGAAUGCAACAACAAUCGCAUCUCUGAUUGGCUCACAGGCCCGGGCCGACGCGCGUGCGCGCGUUGAGACUUCGCACAAUCGGGGCUUGGCGAAGAUCUACAACGAUUUGAACAUCACUUCGCAGGAUCACAAAGCGUCGUUGAAUUACAUCCGGACGCUUCGAGAUCAUGAAACAGUCGUCAUGUCCGUUAAUUUCAACUCAUUAGUAACGGGCCCGAUCAAUGGUGGGAAUUGAAAUGUUGGUUUGGAAUACGGUGGAGUUGAACCCGUCAAAAGAACGCAAUAUGCCUUUUGCGGGUUGGGGAGUGGCGUAUAGGAAGCUCGAGUAAAACACAAAAUUCUAUUUGUUUCUCACAAUUUCGUUUGAUUAUUUCAUCCACCAAGCCUCGUUCUGGUCCAACUGCUUCAAUUGGAACAUAACAAAAUGGUUUCCUACCAACGCCAAUGGAGGAUGAUCUGCCACAAGUCUUCAAACAGCUAGCUAUGAUUUUAAAAUAGCUCUAAUCAUUUUCUUUUUCUUUAUUGGAAACUUGAAGUUGAAGGAUGACUAAGAUUGAUGAGAAAUAGACAAAUGCCCGACCCACAUUCUUACAAAGCCUCAUUGGGGAUGCUACUAGUAUUAAUUAAACACAAAAUUUCCCCCACAAAAACCAAUCAAGUCUUCACUGACUUAGUCAAUAGAAUGAUUAAAUAAUCAAUAUAAGAUAAUGACAAGAGUCACUUUUUCUGCAUGUCACCAGCCUCAGUGUUUAAAAACCACCGCUAAAUCCAAGGAGCACUAGUAUCUCUAUCCUUGAGGGAAAUAUACUUCAGAUUUUCUCCCUUUUUCCCCCUUUGGCUCGACUUGACAAUGUACUCAAAACCAAUACUCCAUAAUCUGCUUUCAAAAAUGACAAACGCCUGCCGACAAUUUUUCUCCCCGUCAUUUUUUUCUAUUUUGUGUUUCAGAGAGAGAGUCCGGAUUACCUAACUUUCCGCAUCACUGCCCGUUAAAAGUGGGAAAUUUACGCGGCGCUGCGCUCCCUUUGACUACCCUUACUUCUCCCCGUCCGUGCCGCCUCUUUUCCGAGGCGCUUAGAGUUGUCUCUUCCCCUGGCCGCCGAGUUGAUUGUUGACUGCCGGCCGCCUUGUUAGGCUCAGUCUUAAGCCAGGAGUCUCCGCCUGGGAUUCGUUGGGUCAAGCCACUUGGUCUCAGAUUUUCUCCUCGCUAAAGGUUUUGCUAGGCAGAUUCAAGAAUUGUUCUGCUUUCAAAAAUGAUUUUGAAAAUAAGGCAAAAAAUAUAUAUAGUUUAUACCAUUUGAAUUCAUAACUGACAUUAUUCAUAACUGAUAUAAUCAAUAACUAACCUUGUCGUGUGAGCUAUAUCAUAAAACAAAUUGCUGAAGAAUGAAUAAAUAAAUAAAAAAAUUCAAGAAUAUUUGAACUUCUUCUGGGUGACACAACGUAAAUAUUUAAUUCAUAUUAAAUUCAAAUACAUCCAUAUCUGGUAUUAUCCAAAACUGACUUAAUUCAUAUAACUAACGUUUUUGUGUUUUAAAAUGAGUUAAAUCAUAACAACGUUCACUGAAGAGUUAAUAAAUAAAUAAAUUCAAGAAUUAUUUGAACUUCUUCCGGACGACACGCGGCACUACAUAAAUAUAUAAAUCGUAUUUCAGAUUAUCCAUAUCUGACACUAUCCAUAACAUAAUGUAAUCAAUCGUUAUUGUUUUUGUUAUUGGGCUAAAUUGUAAAAAUACUAGCUGAAGAGUAAAUAAAUAAAUAAAUAAUAUGUGGACUUCUCUUUUAGCGACACGCGUCAAAUAAAUAUUUAAUUUAAUAUCAAAGGGGGCGCUCUUGAUGAGUCAACGGAUAUCUCAACCUUGCAUUUACUCUUCAUAAUUACAAAUGUAUAAAAUGGUAAAAUCGUGAUGGAAUAUCAAAUGGAUCAAUUACAACAAUGCCGUCUCUACUGAGUAAGGAACACGUUCCUGCCUCCCUCUUCGACUCGAGAAAGAAGAAUCCCCCACUCGUAGUCUUAAUUUUGAGAAGAAAAAAAGAAAGCAUCGUCUAGGUUUCUUAUAUCUAUCCCCCAUGGGUUUAUGUUGUGUGAGUUGGAACACGAUGAUUCAACGCCGCGAUGUUAGUCCUUAACCCGUGGUAUUGGCAGUGAAGCGGCGAACCUUUGAUCUCCCCCUGCUCUUCGCUGAUUUUGCCUGCCUCUCCUUUUGUAUCGUGCCAGAGCGUGAUGGAUCCUGAACAAUAACCACCCUGCAUGUCCACAGCCAUGGCGAAACUUAACCGCUUUCCGUCCCCCACAAAAGCCUCAGUGAUGGAUGAAGCGAAAAUAGCCCCGAAAAUGAAAUAAAAUAAAAUAAAAACGACAGCGCGAUAUGAAUUCACUCUGAUGUCGCCGAUUGUCAGCUUAUUAUAUUGGAUUUUUUAUUUUUUUUGUCAAGACGGUAUUUUUUAAUUUUUAUUUGCGGCAUUUUUUUUCUGUCUUUCUCCUGAGGCACCGGGAUAACUAGAUUGUUAGCCGGAUAGCCAAUGUUGUGCGGUGCGUGUGGUGCUGGUUCUAUUCCAUUCACUAAAGAACUGGUUGAUAAUGUCUACCAUUCCAAUGGCCUGCAUCCAGGAAGAAGUAAUGUAUAAUUCGGGAAAAGAAACACAGAGUUGUUGACGAAAGACGGAAGAACAAACUAAGUUUUACAAAUUCAUCAAAGACUCUGAUUAAAGAAUGGUUAUGGCGGCAACAAUGCGAGAAGUAGAACGCCGUGGUUGCAGUGCGUGGUCGAAACACAAGCCGUUUUUGGCCAAGACUCGUGUCGACAUUGGGCGUCAUCUAUGUCGCUGUAAAAAUCCGUAAUUAAUAAAGAAUUAUUAGUCCCGUCAAUGAGUUUUAGAAGCAAAUUAUUUCGUCAACAAACGCUAUACAAUGUGUGCAUCCAAUUUGACCUUGACUUCUGGUUUAAACCGGAAGUUGAAAUGUUAUAUUGGGAACAAAAUGUAAUCUUGAACUGGACAUUGGAUUGACAAGGUGAAGGGUCGUCACCAUUGCGCUCAAUCAUAAUUUGAUGACGUAACGUCGUUCAUGAACACUUUUAUUUUAUAUUAUAUAUAUAUAACAAACCGUUGACAAUGUAUUAUUCCUCGUUUUAUGUACCGUACCAGUUAAAUUAUUUUGGUGUGAAUAAUUUAAAGAGAAAGCGAGCAAUCUCGUUUUCAAGGAUAGGGCCGACACAAAUGCAAAACUUACUUUUCAACUUCAUUAAACACAGUAAAGUACUAAAGUUGUUUCGAGCUUUAAAGGUAUUAGUUUAUGGAAUGAAAACACAAAUCAGCUGGCUUCCGAAACUUUCUCAGCAAUUUGGGCCGACAAAAAGGCAAAGAAAAAGCCAAUUCAUUUCUUUAUAAUUGUUGAUAAAAUCUUAAUGCGAAUUGAUGCAAAGUGAGUUUCACACAAAACAACACCGGCCAAUUUCAGUGAAAUUUGAAACCGUUGUGGAGGACACGUGGUCCUGUUUAAAUGUUGUUCCAUCAUUUUCAGACAUGAACAAAUGUACUUAUUCCAAGUAAAAAAAACAUGUAUUCCCAAGUAACCAGUGAAAUCGUUUCGCCAUAAACAGGCGUUUAUUUUCUUCCAAAGGAAAUGAAAUUGUGUGUUAUUUUGAAGCGAUUGUUGGUAGAAGUCGUGAGUUUUAAUACAAUAAGUUCUGUCUGAAGUUAAAAUCUUGUUUUCUUGGCAUAGCAGUCACGGACCGACAGACAAAUGUACACAGGAAAGUAGAGUGACAAUUCAUAUUAAAUCCUACCACACCAAUCUACAUUUUUU